AUGGGCUGCAAUUUGUGCACCUUGCAGAAACGGGAGGAACACUACAAACUGCUGUAUGAGAUUGCACAGGUGAACGCGCGCGACUUCUCCAAGGUCGAGCAUGAUGAGGCAGUGGUGGAGGCCAUCAGGCGAGACCCCAUUGUUGUCCAAGUUAUCAGGCGAACCCCCACCAGAGGCACGACUGCUGUUGCACAUAACUACAGUGGCACACCACAGGAGGUGUGUGUGGCGGACGUAUGCACGCAAACGGACAUCACCUUCGAGCACAUCAUGGCUUUGGCAAAGCUCCGGCCAGCAACCCCACCAGUCCCUGACAUCUGUCCCUUCCUUUUGUCUGACAGCUGUCAUUCUAUCCACACCAUGGAACAUGAAUUUUAUGAAUGUCCAGAGUACCUUUCCAAUACCCCUGCAGAAGUGGAGAGGACGGAAGAGUAUGAGUAUGAGGAGGUGGAGCUGUGUAGGCAGAACAGCCAGGAGAAGCUAGGCUUGACGCUUUGCUACAGGACCGAUGAUGAGGAGGACACCGCCAUCUAUGUCAGCCAGGUGGAGCCUAACAGCAUAGCAGCGAGAGAUGGACGCAUCAAACAGGGAGAUCGUAUUCUACAGAUAAAUGGCUGUGAAGUGCAAGACAGAGAGAAGGCUGUUGCCUUGUUGUCAAGUGAAGAUGCAAGGAGCAUUAUACUACUGGUGACACGGCCGGAAAUGCAGCUGGAGGAAGAGGUAUGGCUUGAUGAUGAACAACAGCAGCUUGUGGAGGAACUGAAGAUGGAGAUCCUGGAGGAGAGGAGGAAGCAGAAGGAACAUAACUUUGACAGGAGCGAUGAGCAUCAAGUUGAUGAAGAGAUGACAACAGACACUGCUACCUGUUCAUCCAACAAUCAAGACAAAGAUAGUGGGUUUGGACGCAGUUCAGACAGUCCAGAGCACCAGCCCCUGCUGGCCAGACUACACAGGAGGAGUCCAGCACAUUGCCUUAGAGAACGAUGGCGGGCAGAUCAUCCACACAUGAGGAGAGGGGCUGUAAUGUCAGAGGACAUCCAGUGUCAAAGGACAUUGUCCAAAGGCCAUGGCAAUGAAGGUGUAGUGAGUAUUCGCAAUAGUGGUGGGAUCUUAGGUUUAGAGAAUCGCUUCCAGCAACUUCUGGAGCUCAAGUGUCAAAUCCGGAAUGGAGGCGAAUGUGGGGUGUACUCCAUUCGACACAGUAUAGAGUGUAGUGUUACAGAGCAGGGAGGAGGGGAUGGAGAUGGCAUAGAUGAUGUAGAAGGAGAAGGAGGAGUGGAGCAAGAGUUGAGGAUGCUAAAUGAGGAAUUGCGCAACAUUGAGCUGGAGUGCCAGAGCAUCAUGCAGGCCCAUCAGCUCCGCCAGACCCACCAGCUGGACCCCACACAGCCUGCAUCCUGUUCACCAGUACGGAGCCCCAAGGAAGGACACAGGCGGCACAGCAGGCUGGCCGACAUUCAUGAAUAUCCGGAGAGGUCAGACAGCGAUAAGUUCCGAGAAAAGGACAGCUCCAGUGCCUAUAACACAGCGGAGAGUGCACGGUCAACACCACUAGGUAUGGAGAGAUCUCCUGACCACUCACUGCAGAGACACAUCAGCAUCACCAACCAGAAAAACCUCAGACUGGCAUCAGCCACACCCUCCUGCCCCAUACCUAUCCCCAAGCCCCAGAGUACACCCAGCCGUGGCAGACCAGCAGACCCAGGCUCUGUUAUCUCCAGCAGCCCAGACCAGAGUAACCCUUCCCGGUCUGAGUCAGACCCUGCCCUGCCUGCAGACGAUGAGAGAUGUGAGAAAAAAGGGAGGACCAGAGAUUCAAGAAGAGGGCUUCCCUAUGCCUCCUCAUACCAAACAACCCCAUAUCAUGGCCAGGGAGGAUCCAGGCAACUUCAGAGCUACAUGCAGCUGCUACAACAGCACUCAUCCCUUGAGUAUUCCCAGAGCCAGCUGAGUCUGCUCAGUGUCUGUCGAGAUCCCAUCCGUAAUGGCCGCCCUGGGGAACCACGUCUAGAGUGGAAGGUCAAGGUUCGCGCUGACGGCACACGCUAUGUGGCCCGGAGGCCUGCUCGCGACCGCAUCCUGAGGGAGCGGGCACUAAGAAUUAGAGAAGAGAGAAGCGGAGGUAUGACUACAGAUGACGAUGCUAUGAGUGAGAUGAAGAUGGGCCGUUACUGGAGCAAAGAGGAGAGGAAGCAGCACUUGGCACGAGCCAGGGAGCAAAGGAAGAGGAGGGAGUUCAUGCAGAAGAGCCGUGUUGAGUGUCUCAAGGAGGGACCUGCCAGCGGAGCCGAGGGCAGGAAGGAGAUAAACAUUUUGGAGCUUAGUCACAAAAAGAUGAUGAAGAAACGUAACAAAAAGAUCCUGGACAACUGGAUGACCAUCCAGGAGUUGAUGAGCCAUGGGGCCAGAGUCCCUGAGGGCUCAAAAGUACAUAACGCCUUCCUUUCUGUCACAACUGUCUAG